UCAACCCUGCUUUGACAAGUAGACAGUAGGCAAGUUGGGUUAUUUAUGUCACUUUGAUUUUAUUUAAAUAUUAAAAAUUUGUAAAGAAAUAUGGAUAAUGGAAAAAGAAAAUUGGUUUCUCGAGCUAGUGAUUCGGACGAGGAAAGCGAUAAAAAUAAUUCAUCAAAAAUGAGACAUGUUGAUGCACCAAGACUUUGUCCCUAUUUAGACACAAUUAAUCGACAAUUUCUCGAUUUUGAUUUCGAAAAAUUAUGUUCAGUUUCUUUAUCAAGAAUAAAUGUUUAUGCAUGUUUAGUAUGUGGAAAAUAUUUUCAAGGAAGAGGUACAAAUACACACGCCUAUACCCAUAGUGUUGCCGAGAGUCAUCAUGUUUUUCUUAAUUUACAUACACUUAAAUUCUAUUGUUUGCCAGACAAUUAUGAAAUCGUUGAUUCCUCAUUAGAUGACAUUAAAUAUGUUCUAAAUCCAACAUUUGGCAAAUCUCAAAUUAGUCAAUUAGGUACAAAUGCUAAACUAUCGAGAGCUAUCGAUGGAUCCAUGUAUUCACCAGGAAUUGUUGGUUUAAAUAAUAUUAAAGCUAAUGAUUAUUGUAAUGUUAUUUUACAGGCAUUAUCACAUGUAACACCUUUAAGAGAUUUCUUUUUACGUGAAUCAAAUUACAAUAAAGUUAAAAGACCGCCAGGUGAUUCUUCUUAUCUUUUAGUACAAAGAUUCGGUGAACUUAUGAGAAAAUUGUGGAAUCCUCGAAAUUUUAAAACUCACGUCAGUCCCCAUGAAAUGUUACAGGCCGUUGUUUUAUGGAGUAAAAAACGGUUUCAAUUCACUGAACAAGGCGAUCCGGUUGAUUUUUUAUCAUGGUUUUUGAAUGCGUUACAUUUAGCGUUAAAUGGAACAAAGAAGAAUGAUUCGAGUAUAAUUUAUAAAACAUUCUUAGGACAUAUGAGAAUAUAUACGAGAAAAAUUCCACCACUUGAACUUGAAGAGAGUCAACGAAGUGAAUUAUUAAGCACAUUAGAAUAUAGAGAAACAAUAACGGAAAGUCCCUUUCUUUAUCUUACAUGCGAUUUACCACCACCGCCACUUUUUAAGGAUCAAUUCACAGAGAAUAUUAUACCUCAGGUGAAUUUGUACACGCUAUUGAAUAAAUUCAAUGCAAUUUCCGAAAAGGAAUACAAAACAUACAAGGAGAAUUUUAUGAAACGUUUCGAAAUUACGGAAUUGCCUCCUUAUCUCAUUUUGUAUAUUAAGAGAUUCACGAAAAAUACUUUCUAUGUGGAGAAAAAUCCGACUAUUGUCAACUUUCCUGUCAAGAACGUUGAUUUUGGAGAUGUUCUCACACCGGAAGUGAAAGCAAGACAUCCUUAUACAACAUACGAUUUAGUGGCGAAUAUUGUUCAUGACGGUGAACCUGCACAUGGAACUUAUAGAGUUCAUAUUCUUCAUAGGGCAACGGGCCAAUGGUAUGAGAUGCAAGAUUUACACGUAACGCAAAUUCUUCCACAAAUGAUUACGCUCACAGAAGCUUACAUACAGAUAUACGAACUAAGACAAGAUAAACAAUCAACAAAUGGAGAAAUGUCGUAGAUAUUUUUAUUUUCAAUUAAAAGGAAAUUAAUUCUACAGGACUGGAAAAUUGAAUGUUUCAGGUAUUUUUCUUUUCUUUCAUUUUACAUUUCAUUGUAAAUAAUGAUUUUUAAAAUUAUCGACAGAAUAUGAAAAAAGAAGGAAAUAAAUAAAUGGCCAAAUAUUUAUAAGAUUUUUGAUAAUAAAUAAUAUGAAAAUAA